AUGCAGGCUCCUCGAGCACGCGGAACCGGGCGAUCAGGCCCCCGCCGGCGCACCGGCUGCCUGACCUGCCGCCUACGCAAAGUGCGUUGCGACGAAGCCAAACCCACCUGCGCCAACUGCACGCGCCUCCGUCUGUCCUGCUCCUACAAGACCAUCGUCCCUGGCAUCGCGACUCCCCACGAUCCCCACGCCCUCCUCACCACCGCGACGGCCACUGCCACCGCGCCCUCCCCCAUCUCCGCCUCCGCAGACCGUCCCGACGCGAACUUCUUCCACACCAAACACCUCGACCUGACCACCAACGGACUAGCCGGCUUCCCCGCCGGCUCGACCCCCGCGGCCAUCGCAAGCGAAGAACUCGUCCCCGAUGAACGCCCCAUCAGCUGGGGCCCAACAGACCUAGUCCCUGCGCCGGGGGCCCGGUCCGACCGCGCGUCGUCGGAUUCAAGUGCCGGUGGCAGCCGGGUGACAUACGAGGAUCAGCUGUUUGCGUACUUCAUCGAGAGCGACCCGCCGCCUACGAUCUUCGGGCCCGUCAAUCUGGAGUGGGAGUAUGUGAGGGCGAAUAUUGUGCGGCUGUCACGGGAUUCCAUGGCUGUUCUGCAUGGAGUGUAUUGCUAUGCGGAGAUUCAUGAGGCCAUGAUGGAGGGGAAGGCUUGGAAGUUGGCCGCCAACUAUCAUCAGUUGGCGUGUUCGGAGGUCCAGGCAUGUUUGUUAGGGGAGGUAGACGAGGCGGUACUGAGAAGGGUGUUUGCUACGGUGUUGUUGUUGAUGUUGGCUGAGGAGGCUGAUGUGAUGCAGCUGUUGUCUACGCCUGAUUUAUGGGGCUCGGGCACGUCGUUCCUACAUUCCGCGUACUUGCUGCUGCAGCGGUUCCAUGUCCGGACGAAGUCGUGGACCGGAGUGAGUCGGUUGAUUGUCUCGUGGGUCUCGCUGCUGGACGUCAAGGCGCUGAUCGCUGGACGAGACGGCGAUCCGCUCAUCGAGCUGGGCAGACUGUCGCCGCAGCCCAGUGAGGAUCGAACCCUGGACGCCAGCAACGAGGACGAACCGCCCACGCCCGCCUACCUCAUCCGCGAAGCCAUCACCGGCCCGGCCUUCCACUUCUUCCUCCAAACCCAACAGGUCAUCCGCCGCAUCGUCUGCAUCGACCUGCACCACCGCAGCCGCGGCACCGUCAGCGACGAGUUUGAGGUCCUCCAGAUCGCGCACGAAGUCGGCGCGGAUCUCGAGACGCUCUGGAACCGGCGUCCGCGCGUGCUCGACGUCUACGGCACCCCCGAGAGCCUCUCCGACACCCUCCGCCCGGCUGUCGCGGUCGAAACCUGCCGCACCUUCCGCCAGUACAUCGCCAACUUCCUGGCGAUUUUCAUCUACCUGCACCGCGUGGCGUUCGCGAUCUACCCGCGGACGGACCGCGUGCACCGGGCCGUGGACCGGAUUAUCCAGUUGGCGACGGCCGAGGUGGAGUCAGCCGGGGGCGCGCAGUCGCAGUCUCAUCUGCCCGCGAGUUUCGUGUGGCCGUUGUUUGUGGCCGGGCUGGAGGGGUCGGUGGAGCAGCGCCGGUGGAUUGUCACGGAGAUGCAGCGGAUCACCGGCGCCAGUCGCAGUGAUGCCCGCGGCCAGGGCAGCUCGCGCCAUCCCCACGCCGGCAAGGCACUUGUUCUCUUGCAGGAGAUGACCCGUCGUCAGGAUGCGUCGCGGACGUGGGCGGACUCGCGCUGUGUGCGACGCGAGCUGUUUACCGAUUUUUUCGUGAUGAUCUGA